AUGCCCUCUAUCUCCAGCGUGUACUUGUCGUUGUACAAUGCCGUUGCUACUUCCGUGUGGUCUGCCAUUCUUAUUUUGGGGCUUUUCGAUUUUAUCGCAGCUGGUGCACCUGGCGAUUUCCCUCACGCUGUGUUAGUGUAUGUGCAGCUUGUGAACUCAGCUUUUGAUAUCUUGCACUCGGCUAUAGGAUUGGUCAAAUCGCCAUUGCUUACCGUGCUUCUUCAAACCUUGGCUCGUUCCAUCAUUACUAUUGGAAUCUGCUAUAAACUCCCAGAAGCUCCCGCUAAUUGGAACUUGCCUGCUUUUACCGCUAUCACCGUGGCAUGGUCACUUGCCGAGAUCAUACGCUAUGGCUUCUAUGCCGUCAAAUUGGCCUGUGACGAAGUUCCUUCUUGGAUGUUCUGGCUCAGGUAUAAUAUGUUUAUCUUGUUGUACCCAGUGGGUCUUGUUGCAGAACUGACGGUUGUAAUUUCCGCUCUCAAAUACACUAUGGGCUCCAGCUACUUCUUCUUCUUGCUCUUUGCCUUGUCGAUGUACUUGCCCGGUUUCUUCACUCUCUAUGGCCACAUGUUUUCCCAGAGAAGAAAAGUCUAUGGUUUGGGUAUUAAACAAAAGACUGAGUAA